AUGGGAAAAGCUGUUGGUAUUGAUUUGGGUACCACCUACUCGUGUGUGGCCGUCUGGCAGAACGACCGUGUCGAGGUCAUUGCCAAUGACCAGGGUAACCGCACGACCCCGUCGUACGUUGCCUUCACCGACACCGAGCGUCUGAUCGGAGACGCCGCCAAGAACCAGGUGGCCAUGAACCCCCACAACACUGUCUUCGACGCCAAGCGUCUUAUUGGCCGCAAGUUCGCCGACGCUGAGGUCCAGUCGGACAUGAAGCACUGGCCAUUCUCGGUCAUUGACCGCAGUGGCAAGCCUGUCAUCAAGGUGGAAUACAAGGGUGAGGAGAAGAUCUUCACGCCUGAGGAGAUCUCCUCGAUGGUCCUGCUGAAGAUGCGUGAGACCGCUGAGGCUUACCUUGGCUCGGACGUCAAGGACGCCGUCGUCACUGUCCCUGCCUACUUCAACGACUCGCAGCGUCAGGCUACCAAGGACGCUGGUGUUAUUGCUGGUCUGAACGUCAUGCGUAUCAUCAACGAGCCGACCGCUGCCGCUAUUGCGUACGGUCUCGACAAGAAGGACGACAAGGAGAAGAACGUACUCAUCUUCGACUUGGGUGGUGGUACUUUCGAUGUGUCGCUCCUCACCAUUGAGGAGGGUAUCUUCGAAGUUAAGGCCACUGCCGGUGACACGCACUUGGGUGGUGAGGACUUUGACAACCGCCUCGUGAACCACUUCGUCCAGGAGUUCAAGCGCAAGAACAAGAAGGAUCUGACGACCAACGCUCGUGCGCUGCGUCGUCUCCGCACUGCCUCGGAGCGUGCUAAGCGCACUCUCUCGUCGGCUGCUCAGACCACCAUUGAGAUUGACUCGCUCUUUGAGGGUAUUGACUUCUACACUUCGAUCACCCGUGCCCGCUUCGAGGAGCUCUGUGGUGACCUCUUCUCGCACACUAUUGACCCGGUUGAGAAGGUGCUGCGUGACGCCAAGAUUGACAAGGGCUCGGUCCACGAAAUCGUUCUGGUCGGUGGUUCGACCCGUAUCCCGCGUGUGCAGAAGCUGCUCCGCGACUUCUUCAACGGCCGUGAGCCGAACAAGUCGAUCAACCCUGACGAGGCCGUUGCCUACGGUGCCGCCGUCCAGGCUGCCAUUCUGUCGGGUGACACGUCGGAGAAGACUCAGGACCUCCUGCUUCUCGACGUUGCCCCUCUUUCGAUGGGUAUCGAGACUGCUGGUGGUGUCUUCACCCCGCUCAUCAAGCGCAACACGACUGUGCCGACCAAGAAGUCGGAGAUCUUCUCGACUUACGCCGACAACCAGCCUGGUGUGUUGAUUCAGGUGUUCGAGGGUGAGCGUGCCCGCACCAAGGACAACAACCUCCUCGGUAAGUUCGAGCUCUCGGGUAUCCCGCCGGCUCCCCGUGGUGUGCCUCAGAUCGAGGUUACCUUCGAUGUGGACGCCAACGGUAUCCUGAACGUGUCGGCUGCCGACAAGACCACUGGUCGCUCGGAGAAGAUCACCAUCACCAACGACAAGGGCCGUCUCUCGAAGGAAGAGAUUGAGCGCAUGGUGUCGGACGCUGAGAAGUACAAGGCCGAGGACGAGGCUGCGGCUGAGCGUAUCAAGGCUAAGAACGGUCUGGAGUCGUACGCUUACAACCUCCGCAACUCGCUCAACGAGGAGGCCUUUGCUAGCAAGCUUGACGCUUCGGACAAGGAGACCCUCCAGAAGGCAAUUAGCGAGACCAUUGAGUGGCUCGACAACACCCAGGAGGGCUCGAUUGACGAGUACAACGACAAGCAGAAGGAGCUUGAGGGUAUUGCCAACCCGAUUAUGCAGAAGGCGUACGGCGCUGCUGGCGGUGCUCCGGGUGCCGGUGGCUUCCCGGGUGCUGACGGUGCUGCUCCGGGCGCUGGUGGCGAUGAUGGCCCUCAGGUUGAGGAGAUCGACUAA